GGAAAGAAAAAACAUUAUCUUAAAUUCAUAUUACAGUUGGGCAUAAUCUCUUAAUUUGAUUUGAGAGUCACUCCGGAGGACGUUUCAGCGUUAUUUGUCUAAUUUCAUCAUCACAUUUGAGCUGGGCAUCUCUUAAUUUGAUUUGAAGUGGAUAUUUCUGCAUCACUCGUCCAAUUCUAUUCUGAUAUUUGAGAUGGAAGAAAUUGGGACUUGUCUUGCAACCAAGCUUGCAGAAUGUCUAUGGGAUCCAAUUUCACGUCGUGCCCGUUAUUUGUUUUGCUUCAACCAAAUAAAAGAAGAGCUGGUGGUGACACGAGAAAAUGUGAGCCUGCGUAAGGAAGAAGCUCAUAAAAAAACUGAAGAAAUAACGCCACGUGUAAAGAAGUGGUUGGAUGAUGUGAAUGCUAUCCUAGACGAGGUGCAAAAGCUACAGCAAGAGGUUGGAGGAGGAGGAAAGAAAUGUUUUAACAUGUCGCUCAAGUAUUCCUUAGCAAAACAAAUGGAUGAGAAGGCGAAGCGGAUGAAGGAUCUCAUGAAUUCCCGCCUUGAGCUAUUUUCCCAGCGGAUCCCACCUCUUAAUCUCAGUGAUCAAUUUUCUUCCAAGGAUGUCAUUGACUUCAAAUCAAGGGAGUCAAUUUUUAAUAGCCUUUUCGAGGCUAUUAAAGAUGGCAAGAAUAAGAUGGUGGGCCUGUAUGGUAUGGGGGGCUCAGGUAAAACCACCUUGGCAAUCGAAGUGGGUAAGAAGGUUGAACGGCUGAGGCUUUUUGACAAAGUGGUCAAGGUGGUUGUCUCUCGGCCUCCUAAUGUUAGGAACAUCCAAGAAGAAAUAAAAGAAAAAACGGGUUUGGAAUUUGAGGAAAAAACCGAAUCAACCAUAGCACAGAGGCUAUUAAUUGGAUUGAAAAGUAUGAAAAUACUUAUAAUCUUGGACGAUGUUUGGAGCGAUCUAAAUCUCCAAGACAUUGGUAUUCCGAUUAAUGAAAAUUUCGUGUUUUGUUAACUACUCGUCUUCGAGAUGUUUGUGUCUCUAUGGGUUGUGAGGAAAAUUUUGAAUUGCCUCUCUUGAUAGAGGAGGAACCAUGGGAUUUGUUAAAGAUGCAUGCAAACAUAA